AUGGAUAGACUGAACAGGAUGCUGGCUUCCGCUGGCGGGAUGGGAGGGUUAAACAAUUCAGCACCGGGAUCUGAUAACACGAAUCUGAUUGAUAACUCCGAAACUGUUUACAUAUCAUCCUUAGCGCUUCUGAAGAUGUUGCGACACGGGCGAGCAGGAGUACCGAUGGAAGUUAUGGGUCUGAUGUUGGGCGAAUUCGUGGACGAUUUCACAGUGCGGGUAGUGGAUGUAUUUGCCAUGCCACAAAGCGGUACUGGAGUCAGUGUAGAAGCUGUUGAUCCAGUGUUUCAGACAAAGAUGAUGGAUAUGUUGAGACAGACGGGGCGACCAGAAACAGUCGUUGGAUGGUACCAUUCUCAUCCUGGAUUUGGAUGCUGGCUGUCAUCAGUCGAUAUAAACACACAGCAAUCGUUCGAACAGCUUACACCUCGAGCCGUUGCAGUCGUUGUCGACCCUAUCCAGUCCGUCAAGGGCAAAGUUGUUAUCGAUGCUUUCCGUCUCAUUAACCCACAAUCUCUUAUGCUCGGCCAGGAGCCUCGUCAAAGUACUUCGAAUUUGGGACAUCUCAACAAGCCUUCGAUUCAAGCACUUAUUCACGGACUGAACAGACAUUAUUACAGCAUCGGCAUCAAUUACCGAAAGACGGCGUUGGAAGAGAAUAUGCUCAUGAACCUACACAAGCACGUAUGGACGGAAGGUUUACAGAUGGAUGAUUUCCGCGUAGAAGCCGAUCGGAACAAGGAACGAUUACAGAAACUGGUUGGACUUGCGGAUGGUUAUGAGAAGAGAGUCAAGGAGGAGACCGAGUUGACGAAGGAUCAACUGAAGACGAGAUACGUUGGAAAGGUGGAUCCAAAGAAGCACUUGGAGGAUGUUGGACAGCAACUGAUUGAAGACAACAUCGUAUCAGUAUCGCGGCAAAUGAUUGAUAAAGAAGCGUCGGCGCCAAAGGAGAAGUCUGCUGCGAAUGGGCAUUCCAACGGGGACGCGAUGGAUAUUGAGGAGGAGCUAUGA